AUGGAAGUCGAAAAUGAUAUUUUUUCAAAUAAAUCGUAUCUUAAAAAAAUAAAUAAAAAUUUUACUGAUUUAAUUGAAUUAAUUCAAUCAAAUUUUAAGCCAUUAUUAUUAUUAUUAUCUUCAAAAGAAUGUUUAGAAAUAAAAGAAAUUUCAUUUGAAUAUUUACAAGAAUUUAAUGGAUCAAAUCAAAAUCGACAAAUUGAUUUAUUAUCCAUGAUAAAUGAUUUUCAUAAAUUAUGUUUAUUUUUAUCAUUGAAUCCAUUAUCUUAUGUUUCACAUUAUUUUAUCGAAGAACUUUAUCAAUUAGCAUUGAAUAAAUUACAAGUUAAACAGCAUUUAGCAUUUUAUUGCGAAGAUAUUCUAUUAACAUUGGCUGUUUGUUAUGAUGAUGAUCUUCGAUUUUCUUGUUUCAAAUUAAUUAGUUUAUUGAUGAAUGAAAGUCAACCAACGACUAAAGAUAGACUAGCAUAUUUAAAUAGAAUAUGUUAUGAAUCUCUAUAUGAUUUUCAUAUUUAUUAUGAUAAAAUAAAAUCUUUUACAAUUGAAUCAAAAAUAAUUGAUUUAACAAAACAAGAUAUCAAUGAUUUAAUCAAUAAACAAUUUAUUAGAAAAGAUGUAGAAGAAAAAAUUAUCGAAGCUAUUUAUCAAUUAGGUGGAUAUGUUUUCAUUAAAAUGCAUAGAAGUCCAAAAGAUGCUUAUCAAAAUCUCUGUAAAGAAAUCAACGAUGAAUGGUCUCGUUAUUGGAAUUUAAAAUCAGAGGAAGAUGCUCGUUUAUACUUUAUGAGAGUUGAAAAUAUAUAUCAAUUAAAAUUACUUUUUAAAACAAGUGAUCGUCUUCAUGAAGAUCUUAAACAAAUCGAUUCUGAUGGAAAAUUAAUUUUACGUAAAUGGAUUAACUCCAUACCAAAUGAAUAUCGAUGUUUUGUUUGUAAUAGACAAUUAAAUGCUGUUUCAACAUAUCAAUUUAAUCAACAAUCAAUUAACAAUGAAAAACAAAUAAAAGAUUUAAUUAAUUCAAAAUCGUUUGAAGAUAUUAUUUUAAAAAUACCAUAUAGUCAUGCUGUUGUAGAUUGUUCUAUAGAUCUAACUAAUUCGAAAGUGACUAUUAUAGAAGUUAAUCCAUUUAGUAAACGAUCAUCAGCAGCGAAAUUUUCAUGGACUAUAGAUAAAUAUAUUUUAUAUUAUUAUUAUCAGAAUAAUCAAUCUGUCUUUAUUAAAUUAUAA